AUGUCUUAUGAAUAUACAGUUUCCCCCACUCUCGUUCAAAAAUCUCUGAGUAAACCAAUGCAGUCUCCAAUAAACGAUACUCAGGCUUUGAAUUCAAGGUUGUUAGUUGCCAAUGACAACUCGGCACUGCACAUAUCUCGCACCGAGUCUUCUAAGCAAGCUCAACAUGCUGAAAUUACAAUCCCCACGACCAACAACAAUGGUGUUAUCAAUAUAUCCCGCGCUCAGUACAUGUCUAGGCUAGCUUCUAUACGACGGAAAGAGCCACUUCGCGAAGCAUGUAUUGAUGCUAAUUUAGCACCACCUAAGAGUGCAAAUUUGGAGCAUCUUCGAACAAUGUUGACGGACUACUGGUUUCCUCCAGUUGUCACGGAGGAAUCAAUUCCUGAUGCUCAAGUUGCUGAGCUACCAUCUUCUAGCUCGCAAUAUGUUGGCACAUCAAUGUCCGUAUUGAGAGGAAAUAAUGACGAAAUCCUCAUUCAAGAAUUUGGUAUUGAAGGUGCUGCUGCUGAGGAGGUUCUUGGGUACGACGAUGAUAGUGAUAGUGAUCCUGAGGACGAAUUUCAAGAGGUUCUUGAGAUCAACGACGAGCUCCUAGCCCACACAGCCCUUGAAGACGACAGUGAAUUUGACUUGGAGACUCAAAUGCAAGGUGGACCUUUUCCAGGCGAAAGUUACACCAAAUUUCAAACUCGGAUCCGGCUUGAGGAGACGAGACGUGCAGAGAAUAAUCGACGAGCGGGUGGAGUUAAGACUCAAAAUGCGGUUAUUAAAGACUGGAAGAUCUUUUGUGGCCAUGCCUUGAAGACAGGUCAAAUCAAAGACGAAAUUGUUGACGCCCACCAUUUACUAUUGUAUAUUCGGUACUGUGCCGAGAGACCAAAGCGAACACGCAAAGGUAUUGACAUACCUGGUACAUUUAUUGGCGCGUCACACAUUAAGAAACUAUAUUUUGGUGCACUUCGUAUCCGUAAAGAGCAAGAAGCCAAAGACCCCAGUCUUUCCCAGCAGCGCCCAGCAACCAAUGUCCAUGUUUGGGAUGCACUUAAAGGUCGUAUGAAUGAAGCUCUUCGACGGGCUCGAGAAGGCCUCAUACCCGAAGAGGAUGCACCGGACAUUGUUGCCAAUACAUUUCUCUCCGGAAUCACAGAAGCGCAGAUGAACAGUGUUGGAAAAGGCUUUCUUAUGCAUCGAGAGUUACGUUCGGUUAUCAAUGGUCAUUUGAGCUGGACUGCACAAAAUGCGUCAGGAAACCGUGGAGAUGAUUUCCGAGCGCUUCGACUGGCUGAGCUGCAGCCAUAUGUCUUUCUUCAUCCAAAUAAAGAGACUGCCAUUCCGUGUGUUCUGGGAUGUCAAGGAGAAGAGAAGGCGGGUGCUAGCAGAGGGAUGAGAACGAAAGUUAAUCCGGUGUAUAGUGUAUUCAUUGCCCACCUUGAUCCAGUUAAAUGCCCACUGGGAGCAUUCGCUUUUUAUCAUCAUUUCCUUCAUGAUGUUAUUGAUAUCACAUCAGCAUUGGAUAUUAACUGGUCAAUCAAUAAAACCUGGCGACAAGUACGUGUUCUACAUGGCAAGAAGUCAUAUGCAACGCCAUACCAUGAGCAAAGCCUGUACAAUCUCUACGUCAAGGCAUUUUCUUUUGCUGAAUUCACAUCACAUUUAAAAGCACAUCUACCACGCCAUAUUCUUGGAUAUAAUCAAGAGCGUAUGGGUGUUGAUCCCUCUGUAACGUCCCGAAUGGGAUGGGUACGAGGAGAGACAUAUUAUGACACCUAUGCACCAGCACUUCCAAAAGAGGCUGUACUCGGUGCACAUGGAUAUAAAGCUCAUGAGGUGUAUGACCCUAUUUGGCGUCAUGUCCAUGUCCCUGAGAUUUUUCUCCAUCUUGUAUGCCCAAUGGCUGAGACAAUAUAUUCGGAUGUUGUUGGACGGCAAAAUUUGUCUGGAGCAGCUAACUACUGGUCAAUGGUUAUGGAGCUACGUCCCUAUCUAUUCCAGUGUGGUGCUGCCAUCUUUCAAGAAGUACCGGACUCAGCACUAUUCCGGCUUCCAGCGUUUGCUCAACAAGACGUCCAGAAUUGGAUGAAGCACCAGUUUCCAAGUGAUUUUUCUGUGUUGAAAGCGAAUGCAGGAAGUAGGGUUGAUCUCCAGCGGAUCCAGAAUCAGCUUCUUCAACUUGCCCUUGAAGAAACUUGA